UCCACCCGUACUAUAUGUGGAAAGCUUCCAACUAUUUUCCAACAAGGGAACUACCUGUCUUGACUCGUAUGUCUUUGAUAAAAAAUUAUGAUAGAUUGUGGAUGCAUGAUCAACUUAGAGAUCUUGGAAGAGAAAUUGUUCAGCGUGAGGACAUCAAUUUUCCAGGGAAGCGUAGUAGGUUGUGGGAGCCCAAGAUUGCCUUUGAUGUGGUUCGGAUGAAAGAGGGGACAGACAAAGUCAUAGCACUUAGAUUAACAAGACUUUGCAAAGAGCACAGUUUCACAAGUGAAGAAUUUUCAAAGCUGCCCAAUCUAAGAUAUUUGGAAUUAGAGUGCAAGAACUUGGUAGGGGACUUUAAGAAUCUUCUCUCCAAGUUAACAUGGCUCUCUUGGAGCAAUUGCCCAUCAAAACUAAACACGACGAAUUUGUGUCUCGAGAAAUUAGCCGUGCUCAAGCUUUCGGGAAUUAACAUUACUGAAGAUUGGGCUGGAUGGGGGUCAUGCCUGAUGAGCGAGAACUUGAAAGUUAUAGAAAUCAAUUCUUGCCCAGGCUUAAAAAAGACUCCUGACUUCUCAAAAUGUUUGAAUUUGAAGAGAUUGGUUAUUCGACAAACUACAAAGUCGCUAGUGGUUGAUGGUUCUCUCUCUAAACUAGAGCACCUGAAGCACUUGGAAAUCAUCUCUAACGAAUCCUCGGAGAGGGACGAUUGCGACCUUUGUCCAGUGUCUUUUGUAUUCGGUAGUCUAAAAUCAUUGUCAAAUCUGCAAAUAAGAGGGAUGCACAUUCGAGAACUUCAUCAUUCCAUUGGAGGAAUGACUCGUCUAACAUAUUUGUGUUUAGAUGAUUGUUCUUUGCUUAGAACACUUCCAGACUCCAUUGGAAAUCUUAAAAUGUUGAGGACAAUGAGUCUUAGAAGAACUCCAAUAAAGAAGCUACCGAACACAAUAGGAAAAUUAGAAUAUUUACUUGAGCUAUAUUUGGACCGGACAAAAAUAAAAAAAUUACCUGUUUCUAUUGAGAAUCUUAAAAAGUUGAGGGACAUGGGCCUUAAUCAUACUCCUAUAAAGAAGCUACCGAACCAAAUAGGAGGGCUAGAGUCUUUGGUGAAGCUACAUUUAGAAGGCACGGAUAUCACAGAGUUACCUGCUUCUAUUGAAAAUCUCAAACAGUUGAACUUCUUAUGUCUAGUCAAAUGUGCAAUCAAAGAGCUACCAAAGGCCAUAGGGAUGCUAAAGAAGCUUGUAUCUUUGGAUGCGAGUUUCUGUGAAAAUAUGGAGGAAGCAAUUCCAUGUGAAAUUGGGGAUCUGUCUUUUUUAAAGCACCUACGUCUGACAAAGAGCAAGAUUAAGAGGUUGCCCCCGACUAUGAGUAAGCUUUCUCAUCUCCAAACACUUCUUUUGGAUCAAUGUGAUGAACUUGAACAGUUGCCAGAGCUCCCUGUGAGUUUGAAGGAGUUAAAGAUCUCAUCUCAUUUAUUGUGGACAGCCCUUGACCUAUCAUACCUGACUAACUUAGACGAUCUUCAUAUAUGGGGCGAUACUCCUAGGUUGUUGGAAUUUAAACAAGGAGUUCCAAAGAUAGAGUGGAUCGAAGGAUUAUCUUAUCUGCAGAGAUUGACAAUUGUCGUUGGAGAUGUCACAUUUCCUCCGAUUAAUUUGGCUACUCUUUCGCGGCUUCAUUUUCUUGAGAUAACUUGUGUUGACACACGAUCUCUAAUGGGGCUUCCAUCCAGUCUUGCACAAUUGACUCUAUAUGAUUUGAAGUCACCCAUGGGAAGGUCACUCUUUUCCAAUUUGACAAAUCUGUACAGUUUGUGCCUUGUUAAUUGUCGGCUAAGGGAAGUCAAAUUCGAUGAUGUGCUUGGACAGCAACUGAAGAAACUCCGUUUUUUGCGUUUGAUGAAUACUGCAAUGCUUGAGAGGCUUUUGGUAUCGAGAUUAGAGGGGCUCCAAGGGUUGAGCAUGGAUGGUUGCCUUGGGUUGAUGGAGAUUCGAGGUCCGGAGAAAUUGGAAUCAUUAAGUACAUUAUCUUUUCGGGAAUGCGAUUCCUUGAAAGAGUUGCCUGAUUUAUCAAAAUUGAAGAAGCUGUGUUUUGUGGUUGUGCCGGAUCAUCUUCCGGAAAAGUUGGUUUAUCCACGUCUUCCAGACACGUGGGAAGAAGGCCAGAUUUCAUGUUUUGUACAUCCGUCCUACCCAAAGUGUUCGAUGGUGGAUCUUGAGUUGCAUAUGGAGGACGACGUGAUGUCUCACAUCAACCUCGAUGGCUUCUUCGGCGACCUCCCGAGGACAUCGGCGACGUCAUCGGCGCUUGCUCCUCGACGAACGCGUCGUUCGUCUCCAGACUCAAGGCUCUCGUGGUUCGACGAGAUCAAGAACAUCCUGAUGAAGGACGAUGAUGUCCAUGUGCUUGCUGAGCUGGGGGCUGAGCGGGCCGUGCCGAAAGGACUCGAGCUUCCCGCGGACCUUCGCUUCCCCGGCCCCUCGCUGCCGGCUUCUCCCUGCCUCUUGCAUGAUGCGGCAGUGGGGCCUCAGGUGCUCCGCCAGCUGGCUGAUUUCCUCGGUUUCCAUGGCGUUUACGGGAGCGAGGAGGCCGCGGGUCAAGAAGGCUUCGCUUGGAUAGGCGCCGUCGAUUGUGGUUAA